AACUCGUAAACGUGUCAAAGCUAGAAGCUUUUCUUCUUCUUACAAGCAUUUGUAGUUAUCACUAAAGACGAGAUCUUGUCGUAACGGAGAAUUUUUAAGAGAAUGAUGUGGAUAAGCGUGCAGACAGCGAUGGAUCUAAUCGUAGCCGGAAUCUCUUUGAUGAUCGGAUUAGGAUUCUUCGCUCUGAUCGCCUCCAUCCUCUGCUCCGUGGCCUUCUUCCACCAUGUCAAAGCUACUUCUUGACAAUCAAAAAAGAGAAUCUUUUUCAAACAAAGAUUGAAUCUUUGAGGGAGACGAAGAGCUUCUCAUUGAUUUAGUUGUAAAAACAAGAGACAUUUGUAAUCUAUUUAAGCUUAAAAGUUUGUUCAUUUCUUGAUUUUUUCUGUUUACGUAUGAACACCAUUCCUCGGAUCCCAUCCGGGUCGGAGACGAGAAUCCGGGGAUCCGGGGCUCCGAGAAGCAUUUUUUAGACAACCGGUUCUUAUCAAAAUGUCGACUUUUUUUUGUU